AUGUGGUGGCGUGGCAAGUUACGUGGGAAAAGGAUCGGCAAUGAGCGGUGGCGUGGCAAGGAAUGGGUGAGGCAGUGGCUGAGACCUAGAGUGCCCCAACUAGACGCUGGCGUGAGAGUCGUGUCGGCAAAGAGCGGUGGCGCGUAUCGCGGCUUCUGCCGAACGCAGCGGCACGGGGCUUUGUCAGCGACUAAGUCCCUCAUCGCCUUCCUUCCUGCCUCUUCGUCUCUCAUGUCGUCCCUUAUCUCUGUCCUGAAGGCGAAACUCGCCGACUACAUGCUCUCCCUCCCGGACGGCGCUGCCGAGUAUGAGGAUUACGAGGUCUGGGGGCAAGGGUUCGCCAAACGGGUGGCUGUUUUCGACCGUUCGGCGCGUGGGCAAGACGUGCCUGUUAUGAUCACGUUCUGUCGGGCCUUAACGGCGGUUGAGGCGUACACCAAGGUACAGAUAUUAACCUUGGUCAUCCACUCCCAACGGAUCACCUUAUCGUUGGUCGAGUAUCACGGGCCUAUUGUAUUAGCGGGCAUGGAACGCCGCCUUAUAAAUUACUCACACGCAGGGCAUGAACCUCCUAGUCUCUCCUGGCCGGAAGGAGACCAACGGAGAAGCACAAGAGUAGUCGUUAUUGAGAGAGACGACUUAGAGAAUACCUACAGAUACAUAUUCGGUAUUCUCACGCCCUACUUCCCAAAGUAG